UUUAAUAUACACACACAAAACACCCCCUGUUGACUCCGCACGAACUCUCUGUCAGUCUCUACCCAAAAUUCCAUUUCCAAAUAACUUAUUUUAACCCACUUUUAGUCUCCUUCCUCCACCACCAUCAACCACCACCACCACCUCAUUUUCCGGCCAACCCACACCCCAAAAAAAUUUAAAAAAAAAUGCUUCAAAACAAAACCAAGAUUCAAUUUUUCUCACACACCCCACCGUAAAAUAUCAUUUUUUACAAUACCCAUAUUUUUUCUUGAACUAUUUCUUUCUCCACCACCAUCAACCACCGUCAACCACCACCCAGAAAAAUACUAUGCUCCAAAACAAACCCAAGAUUCGAUUUUUCUCACACACCCCACCGUAAAAUACUAUUUUUCACAAUACCCAUAUUUUUUCUUGAACUAUUUCUCCAUAAAAAGUUAGUACAAUAAUGGCGGCCGUACCUAACAGUAACAGUAACACAGCCACCACCCAACAACCACCGUCUCCGGCGGCGGCGAACACUGCCAUUACCCAGCUAGUUCCAGUACCAACACCAACAGAGUUAACCACCGAUGAGAUGGCAGUAAAAGUUGUACACAAACGGUAUGAAGGGUUAGUGAUGGUCCGUACAAAAGCUGUUAAAGGUAAAGGAGCAUGGUAUUGGGCUCAUUUAGAACCGAUUUUGGUUCAUAAUCCGGAAACCGGUUUACCAAAAGCGGUUAAACUCCGGUGUUGUUUAUGUGAAGCGGUUUUUUCCGCUUCUAAUCCGUCUAGAACGGCUUCUGAGCAUUUGAAAAGAGGGACUUGCCCGAAUUUUAAUUCGGAUUCGGCUCCGGGUCCGAACCCGAUUUCAGUGGGUGUGGUGUCGUCGCCGCCGCCGCCGCCGCAGAACCACCGGAAACGGAACAGUUCCGGUGGCCGGAAGGGGAGUGGGUUUAAGGUGAACAGUUCUGAAACUACUUAUUCUGUUGCUCCUAUUACUAUGAUUGAACCUCCUAGAUUUUCUGUUGAUGUUUCUUACCCGACCCGACCCGAUUUAGUUCCUGCAUUUUCGUCCGCAACCGUUGUAACGGGUAGCGGUGGCGGUGGUGGGUUGUACUCUCCGGCCCACCACCACCACCAUCACCACCAGCAACAACAUCCUCAACAACAACAACAACAUGUGGUGUUAUCAGGGGGGAAAGAGGAUUUAGGGGCAUUAGCAAAGUUGGAAGAUAGUGUAAAGAAGUUAAAGAGUCCCGGGUCAUCACCGGGUCAAGUAUUGACAAAGGCCCAAAUAGAUUCAUCACUAGAGUUGUUAGCAAAUUGGGUGUAUGAGAAUUGUGGGUUGGUUUCCUUUUCAAGUUUAGAGCAUCCAAAGUUCAAGAACUUCUUAAACCAACUCGGGUUACCGGGGAUAACGCGGCGUGAUCUCGCGGGUGAGAGGCUUGAUUUGAGGUAUAAAGAGGCUAAAGCUGAGUCGGAAGAUCGGAUUCGUGAUGCGUUGUUUUUUCAGAUUUCGUCGGACGGGUGGAAGGCGAAGGUUAGUUGUUGUUCAGGUGAGGUUGAAAAUUUGGUGAAUGUUUCUGUGAAUUUGCCUAAUGGGACUAGUGUGUUUAGAAGAGGGGUGUUUACAGGUGGGUAUGUUUUUUCUAAGUAUGCUGAGGAUGUUUUGUGGGAAACAAUUUGUGACAUUUGUGGGAAUAAUUUGGAACAAUGUGUGGGGAUUGUUUCUGAUAAGUUUAAGAGUAAAGCUUUAAGGAAUCUUGAGAAUCAACAUCAUUGGAUGGUUAAUAUUUCUUGUCAAUUUCAAGGGGUUAAUAAGUUGAUUAAAGAUUUUAGCAAAGAACUACCCUUGUUUCACAAUGUGACUGAUAAUUGUUUGAAAGUUGCAAACUUUGUGAACACCAAGUCUCAAAUUAGACAUUCUUUCCUUAAAUUUCAAUUGCAAGAAUACGGUAGAGCGGCAUUGUUGCGUGUGCCGUAUGGUGGUGGUGGUGGUGGGAUUGGGAGGGUUGAGUUCGAGCCGGUGUUUCAGAUGGUAGAAGAUGUGUUAAGCUCAGCGAGGGCGUUGCAGUUGGUUUUCCUUGAUGAGAGUUUCAAGAUAGUGUCGAUGGAGGAUCAAACCGGGAAAGAAAUCGAGGAAAUGAUGAGGGCUCAAUUUUGGAAUGAAUUAGAGGCGGUUCAUUCGUUGGUUAGAUUGAUCAAAGGAAUGGCUCAUGAGAUCGAGAAAGAGAAGCCGAGAAUCGGGCAAUGCUUGCCGCUUUGGGAGGAGCUUAGAGUGAAGAUUAGGGAAUGGUGUGGGAAGUAUCAUAUCAAUGAGAAUCAUGUAGACAAGGUUUUUGAUAAAAGGUUUAAGCGAAAUUAUCACCCUGCAUGGGCGGCUGCAUUCAUUCUUGAUCCGUUUUAUUUGAUUCGGGACAUAAGUGGUAAAUACCUGCCUCCUUUUAAAUGCUUGACUUCCGAACAAGAAAAAGACGUUGACAAGCUUAUAACAAGGCUUGUUUCACGCGAAGAAGCUCACAUUGCGUUAAUGGAGCUCAUGAAAUGGAGAACCGAAGGGCUUGAUUCCGUGUACGCACAAGCAGUCCAAUUAAAACAAAGAGACCCCAUAACCGGAAAAAUGAAGAUAGCUAACCCACAAAGUAGCAGACUGGUUUGGGAAACAUAUCUAACCGAUUUCAAGUCUUUAAGGAAAGUGGCGGUGAGGUUGAUCUUCCUUCAUGCCACUUCAUGUGGGUUCAAAUGGAACUCGUCUUUAUGUAGAUGGGCUCAAUCAAGAAACGGGAUCGAUAAGGCACAAAAGUUGAUAUUCAUUGCUGCCCAUUCUAAACUCGAGAGACGAGAUUUUUCAAACGACGAAGAGAAAGACGCCGAUUUUUUCUCGAUAGCGAGUCGAGAGGAUGAUGUGCUCAAUGAGGUUAUGUUUGAUGCAUCCUCUUUGUGAAAAUCCAUCUCUUUGUUCUUUCUUGCUUUUGAUGAUUAUAAUAUAUAGCUUAUUUAGGAUUUUUCUUUAGAUUCUUUUACCUCUACUUAAGGUACUUGUUUAAUUGCUCUUUUAGAAGUUUUUGGCACCUUUGGUAGUUAUAGAAGGGGGUCAUCUUUUUUAGUUUGAUCAUAUCUUUGGAGGUUAAAAUGGGUAAUUUCUUUUUUUGUUUAAUGAAGAUAGUUGUAACAUU